AAACCUUGGGUCAAACACACCAAUCAUCGACGUUGAUUUUGCAAGCAGCUCCAACUCGAAUUGCAAUGCUCGCUACGACGGCGACAUUUUGACAAGAUCCGGAACCGACGACCUUAGAAGCCCUCCCGCCUUCGCGACGACACCCGCUCCGCUCGCUCAGGAAAAGCACCACCAAACUAUUCACAAUGGCGAGCAAGCUCACUCCCCUCAUCCGCUCCGCCAUCCGGCCGGUGUGCCGGGCUGCCCGCCCUCAGUCUCGCGCCGCCUUCUCUCUCACAGCCAGCCGACGAAGCGACACUCUCAUGGUGCAUCGAAACACCGAGGACAACAACCCCGACAUCCCUUUCAAGUUCAACGAGAAGAACCAGACCGUCAUUGCCGAGAUCCUCAAGCGAUACCCUCCCCAGUACAAGAAGGCUGCUGUCAUGCCUUUGCUAGACCUCGGCCAGCGCCAGCACGGCUUCACCAGCAUCAGCGUCAUGAACGAGGUCGCCCGUCUUCUUGAGAUGCCUCCUAUGCGAGUGUACGAGGUUGCCUCUUUCUACACCAUGUACAACAGAACUCCCGUGGGCAAAUAUUUUGUUCAAAUCUGCACUACGACACCUUGCCAACUUGGAGGCUGUGGAUCUGAUGUUAUCGUCAAGGCUAUUAAGGAGGAGCUCGGAAUUGAGCAGGGCCAGACCACUGCUGACGGUCUCUUCACCAUUCUCGAGGUCGAGUGCCUCGGUGCCUGCGUCAACGCUCCCAUGAUUCAGAUCAACGACGACUACUAUGAGGAUCUCACCCCCGCCUCCGUAAAGGAUCUCCUCAAGUCCCUUCGGGCCCAGGCUACUGCUUCCGACCCCUCUACUGUCAACGUCCCCAAGCCUGGUCCUCUCAGCAGCCGAGACACAUGUGAGAACAGUGCUGGUCAAACAAGCCUUAACGCGGAGCCCUGGGGAACCGAGACCACAAGGGCGGACCUGUAGAAUUAUAACAUCAUUAUCUCUCUUUUUUUAGUUCAAUAGCAAGAAAUGCAAAAAGUGUCCGGCGGGAGGAGGCUUCAACUGUACAUAACAUCAUGUCAAAUGCUUUCCCAGGUAUAGAAUGUGUGGAUUCUCGUCAAUGGCAAUAUGAUAUGCUGUGUGAAGUAUUGUGUCCGCAUAGGACUUUGUUUCUUCGUUCCGUUCGUUCAUUUGAUACAAUCGCCAAAAACAUGUUACGCCAAAAAGAAACACUACACCCAAACCAACUACCUGUUCAGUCCCUCAUCAUUUUCACCUAGGAAUCGCCCACACGCAAGAUCCAACCGUCCCCAAGACGCUCAUUGUCCUCACCUAGACCUCCCCAGAUCAAAAUGCCGCUCUCCUCAAGUUCACCCAUCGGGGCGCUUGCAAGCCAGCCUCUCGCCGCGGGCAUCUCAUCACUGUUAUCAUCGUCGUAUGGCUCAAGAUCAAGCUUUGUCCACUUGCCCUCACCUGUCUUGCGGCCAACAGCUUGCCACAUGGCAGCGGUAACGCUGGCGGCCGUCAUACCCAGAGGUGGAACUUGGAAGGCCCAGACAUCAUUCAAGAACUUGCCUGCACCUUCGUGGCCUUCUGAGCUUGGGUCACGCUCACCCAUGGUCAGGACAAGAUACUCAUAUCCAGCCCCUGAAGUGAUUGCCUCCAAAGAUGCGACACUUCGGGGUUCCGGCCAGAUCUGAGCUGGCUCGGCGUGGAUUUCAGUUGAGUCGGCAUUCGGAUCACUCUCAAGAAUAGUUUGCCAACCACCACGUGCGCGAACAGCAACUUCACCCUUGGUGCCUCUAUCGUCAAACGUUUCAACCUCGAGGUGGAGAAAGUCGAGUUGCCCUCCGAGUUCGCUUUGUCCAUCAAAACCCCCGAAGCGAAACAGGCGGGUUUUGCUCACACAGAUGGCACUGCCGCCUCGAGCAGGGCCUGGAGCAGCUGGAAGCUCAGUCCAAGUACGGUCAUGGACGUUGAAGGCCCAAAUAUCAUUGGCGCGCUCGCCACUGGCGAGGCAUCCAGCAUGAAUGAAGAAGGUACCGUAGCCAUCAGACUCUUCAUCCACAGCAUCUUCAGCAACAUUACCAACAACAGGAGCUUGAGGAAUGCCCGUCUUAGACGUGUCUCCGAGUGCCCACUGUCCCCAGGUCUCAGGUUCCUUGGGCCGCUUAGGAGCAAAGUCCCGGGGGCGGUCGAUCGAUGUGGCUGUGUGAUAGCUUCGCGGAGCGGGUUGGGGCACAAUUGCACCACCUGGAACGACAGGGGCAGGGUCAAGGUAUGUCCAUGUGUUGGAGCGGGUGUCAAAGACCCAAACACGGCCACCUUCGUUCAGGGGCCGCAUGUCGGGACCUCCGCGACCACCGAAGAGAAAGAUACGGGAUCCGAUGACGGCAGUAGCAUGGCCAACUCGUGAAGCUGGGACAUCACCCAAUUCCGGUUUUUCUGGACCGGCAGGCUGCUUACCUUUGGACUUGCUCUCGACCUCUUCAUCUGAAGAUUCGUCUUCUUCCUCAUCAUCAUCUUCUUCUUCUUCUUCGUCGUCCUCCGCAAGAGAAACUUCGUCGAGCUUUUUCUCGAUCUCCUCUUCGUCUGGCUUCUCGUCGGAUUUGACUGGCUCCGGGGCCUUUGGCUGAACGGGUUGCUGAACCUCAGGCUUCUUCGGCUGGGCAUCUGGUUUGGCGGGGGAUGCCUUGAUCUUGAAGUAAUCGGCCCCAGCCGAGGACCAAGGCAAAGUUACGACAUGCAUAUCAUUGUCGACGGGCUUUCGGGGCUCGAUCUCUCCGCCAAAGAGGUAAGCGGUUCCGUGGACGAUAUUGAGAGAAUGGGAAGAACGGGGAACGUCAGGGGCAUCAAUGCGCUCCCAUGUUCCUUUCAUAGAACUCUUCUUCUGGUGAGUUGCCGAGGGAACGGAUGGAACGGAAGGCAUAGGCAUAGAUGGGAGGUUUUGCUGGACAUUGUGGAGGAGGUCGGUGGUACGACGCUUGAGUAGAGAGAAAGAUUCCAUGAUGAUGGAUUUGGGCCUGAGGGCCGAUAGGUGUGAGCAAUAUUGGUGUUUGGUUGAGGUUGUAGGUUUAUGUGCACAAUGACUGAAUGAAUGGGAUGAUGUAGGAGGAGAAAAUGAAACAUGCAAGCCCGGUCAGCGGCGGGGGGAGCUUACAGUAUGAAGUGAGAUGAUGCUGGCGAUAAUGACGGGGAUGACGUAGGCGCGUUUACG